AUGGGCGUACGAGCUGGGAUUGUCGUCUGUGUCACCAGCUUCCUUCUGGGUUCCCUCUUCACCCACUGGAUCGCGGACUCGCUCACGCUAUGGAAAUCACCUGUCACUGACGAGCACCUCUGGACUGCGGCAUCCUAUUACUCCAUUCUAGCCAAGGGACCCAUUGAGGCCCUGUACUUCCUUGCUGCAGUCGUCAUUUUUGGAGGGACCACCAUCCUCUGGAGUCUCAACGACUGGCGCGCGGGCAAUAUCAUGUUCGACGGCGGAAGUAUCUUCCUAUUUGCAACGACAAUUGCGAUGUACCUUCAUUCAGUCCUUCCCAGUAUAUUCGCCAAAUUUAGCACCCUGCCAGUGCACUCAUUAAAGGACCCCAUCCCCCGAGCACUCCGGAAUGCCACCCUCGAGCUCGCCUCCAACAACCUCAUCUGCAGUGUUGCCCUCACAGGCGUCCUUGCCCUCCAAGCGGGUCGCUUCUGGGCCGAAAGCGCAGACGACGACGAUGAUGAAUUUGUCGUGAUCGAACCCGAGGAUGCUGCACCAGCCCCACCAACAAAGGGAAGAAGAUCACGAGCAAAGACGCCUGAUAUUAGCAUCCGAGACGACAAGGUCAAGCCUCUACUUCAGCAACGAGUACAAGCAUCAUAA